ACUUGGACUUGGGGAUAUCAAAAUAAAUACACAAAUUGGAGGAAUUGGAUUCCAGGAAAUUAUAUUUACUGAAGAAGAGCUAGCUAAAUAUGAUGGAUCAGAUCCAAAUUUACCAAUUUACAUUGCCUUGAAUGGAGAAGUAUUUGAUGUGACUAGCGGAAAACAUUAUUAUGGAAAGGGUGGUGGUUAUAGUUUUUUUGCCGGAAAAGAUGCUUCUCGAGCAUACGUAACUGGAUGCUUCCAAACUCAUCUGACUCAUGAUCUGCGUGGUUUAACACCUGCACAGAUCAAGGAUAUUGAAAAUUGGGCUUCUUUUUAUCGUGAUCAUCAUUCUUAUUUUAAAGUUGGAAUUGUUGUGCAUCCACCUAUAGAUCCGAAUUCACCUAUCCCAGCACCGUGUGAUGGUGCUUCAUCCCCGAAGACGUAA